GAUAAACCAAAAGGCUAUGCAAUUUGAAAGCCUAUUCUUGCCGUAGCAGCUCCAUACAAUUAUUUUCAAUUCAAGUCGAAGCAUUUGCCCAAACACGCACACAUACCCAAGUGGUGGUGGUAGUGGUGGAGCGUGUAACGAGUUCAUGGCUAAAACCGCAACGCACAUCCAGUGGAAGUGGAAAAGAAAAGUUUGCCUUUCUCUGUUGGCCAACUUGAGAUUCACAUGAAAUUUCAUUUAAAGAAAACACACAACAACAAAAACAAGAACAAAUACCAAUAACAGUAGCAACAUCAACACAAACACUAUUAACAACAACAGAAGCAGCAGCAACAACAACAACAACAACGACACACCUAGUGCUUGUUGAGUUAACAAAAGCCAACGGAAGAUUCAUCAGCUUCACUUAUUCAAAAUGCUUACAAAUGCAUUGCAUAACCUAUGAAAUCAGUUGAUACGUCGAGGGAGCCUGGGAAACGAUCCUGACCACAACUUUGACAGGCAACCGAACUGAGACCCCCUUAGACGACAUCGCGGUGGUGAGGGAGAGGAGCAAAACUUGUUGUGUCACGCACAACAUAAACAGCAACAGAGAGUUGGGAAAACAGUCAGCCAGUCAGUCCGUCGGUCGGUAGGUCGGUCAGUCGGCUGGUCAUCAUGGUUAACCAUUCCGAUAAUGAGUUUUCGUUUUGCUGUUAACCGCAGUAAUGUAAACCCAAAAACAACAACAAAAACAGCCGGUUGGGUCAGUAAACAGGAAACGGAAGUCACGUCAAUACAAGCAGCAUCACCGCCACAACUGUAAUAGCAAGCGGCGCUACAAUAGGCCCACGACAACAAAUAUUGUAACACCCUCCCAAUUGCUCUCCACCUCCGCCAUACAUCCAGCUCUUCAUUGCCAGCAUCAGAGUGGCAGCUUAGCCCAACAACAAUAACGGCAAUCAAAUUUUCUAAGCCGCAACAAAAGCACCCACACAGAACCGCAAACGGUUCGAAAACAAACAUUGCAGAAUUCGAAUCAGCACCCCCAACAGAAACAUAGCCGAGACCAGAACUGAACAUUUCAACGCACCCCUUCCUACGACGCGCCCUAAAACAAACACACUGCAAACAAAGUUCCUGGCCGGGGUGACAGGAUAAAAUGAAGCAUUUGGAGGACUAUCAAAUCGGGUUUAUUUGCAAUAUUAUCAAAAUAUUUAAAGGAUGAAGAGUGGCACGUCAUAUUGGACCAUACCAUUUGUUGUUCACAAUUUAUUAACCUUUGCUGUGGUCAUUGGUUUGCAAAAUUAUUUGCUAUAUAAACUAACAAAAAGAGUUACGGCCGUAGCAGUGGCCCUACCACAAAGCCAGACAACAGCAGUUGGUGGAGCAACUGUGGCAUUUGUAGAGAGUUUCCAAUUCAAUGCUUUCGAUACGACACGUACAACAUUUGCCUCGUCCUCGUUGCCGUCGUCGUCGUCAUCAUCAUUUGAAGGAGCCGGUGGUACACAAAUGUCUUCAUUACCAUCAUUCUCCACAUCCUUGGCCACUUCAUUACAGCCUUCAGCCUUUUCGCCGUCAUUGUCGUCGUCGUCAUCGUCAUCUCAAACGGCAGCAGCAGCAGCAUAUCCUACAUUAAUAUCAACAACAUCAUCCGGUUUUCAUAACACGAAGACGUCCAGAAUUAUGAUCAAUCUCAAAAACAGCAUUAGCAGUAGCACACACCCCCUCAGUCCCACAAUAACAACGCCCACAGUCCAUUUGUUGCCGCACACAACCCAACACCACCGGACCACUGGCUAUGGCAUGCAUUCAAAAUUCACUGGCAGCACUCGCCAGACCAGCCCCACUGCCAUGGGACUCAGUUCCAGUGCAUUGCCAUCGUUCAAAAAUUUUAUGAGGAGCAAAAAAACUCACAGUGGCAGCAGCACUGCCGGCAGUUACACCAGUACGACAAACAGUGCAAAGCACCAGCAGCAUCUACAACAACAGCAGCAACAAUUUCCACUUGAUUCUACAUUUUCUAAAAAUCAUUGGACAAAUUCAGAUGCUGCUCUCACUGGCGGAGGAGGUGGGGAUGUGGGCAGUGAGAUGGCUGGCGAUAGUGUGGCUGUUGCAGGCGAAGGCUAUAGAGCCAGUGGUGUCGCCAUUAGCCAUAUUCCUACCAGCAUGGGAAGUCCUGCUGUGGCGGCGUCAUCUUCGUCCAGCAUUAGUGGCAAUUUUAGACUAGGCUCUUCGUCAAAGUCGUCACUGGUGUCGGAAACAGAUCGACCACGCAUUUUUCGCAACCGCCAUCAUCACGAACAGCACUGGGGGCCAUUCUUCGAAGAGCCACUCAACUCGACGACCUCGGGUGACAAUAGCAUAACAACAGCCCAUCUCUAUACGGAAGCAGUGCUGAAUUGUCGAGUCGGAAUGCUAAGAGACAAAACGGUCAUGUGGGUGAGACGGACAUCGGAAAAAGUAUCCCUGUUGACUGUGGGCAACGUCACCUACAGCAGUGACCCCAGGAUACGUGUGAAAUUUCAAUAUCCCAACAAUUGGCGUUUGCUGAUCAAUCCCACCCAGUGGGACGAUGCGGGCAUCUAUAUGUGUCAAGUCUCUACACAUCCACCGCGGGUUUUUACAACAAAUUUAACAGUUAUAGAACCUCCUUUGCGUCUAAUUGACGACCAGGAACGAGAUGUUGGUGAUCGAUAUUAUAAGACAGGCAGUACCAUAGAUUUACAGUGUCAAGUAUCCCGUAGCUUUUUAUAUAAAGAAAAACAAAACAUUUUAAAAUCCCUAAAGCCUUUAAACGGUCCCAGCAGUGGUGUCGGAAGCAGCAGCAGCAGCAGUGGUGGUGGUGUUAGUCCCACUGCCAGUGGAAGUAGCAACAAUUUCCUCAACAGCAACACGAGUAGCAACACCAAUCAAACUAAAAUGUCAGCCAGCAAUGGCAACGUCAUGGGUGUCAGUCCCGGUAGCCUGGGCACUAUUAAUGGCUUUGCAUCUGCCAUUAAUGGGCAAUUCCCCAACACCAACAUCAGCCAUCAGAACAACAAUCGGCCAACAGCCACCACAACGGACGACCAAAGCGCACUGUUGGAAAACGAAUUCAGCAAUUUGGUGUUUUGGUCAAAGGACGACGAGGACCUGCCGCCCGCAGCCUUGAAACGUUUAAGUUCAAACGAUAAAUGGCUAACGAGCAGAGUUACCAUUACGGAUGCCAAGCUCUCCGACAGUGGCAAUUAUUCAUGUUCGAUUGGCAGACUCUUCACAGCCAUUGUCCAGGUGCAGGUGUUGACAGGUGAAUUACCGGCAGCUGUGCAACACAAUUCCGCCACGGCACUUGCUCCAUGGAGGAGUACACAAAGCCUACGUGUUCUCGCAGGACUAAUGCAUCUGUGGUGGCUGUUCCGAUACUCAAGGCGGCAUCGGCAAUGGUGGUGGUGCUGGUGCUGGUGUUCAUUGCUGAUACAUUUCGUCGUUGGCCCUGUCCCCUUCGUCGGCUUGAGCUUUGUGAUGAACGUUGUGAAUUGAAGCGUCAUGUCGUCAAGCGAGCGAGUGAAUGAGAGAGUGAGUGGUGUUAUUAACUUAAUUAAAGUUAAUCAAAAGCAAGCGAACGAACGAAAGAAAGACGGAAAGAACAGCAGCAACAUCAAACAACAGCAACUACAACAAUAACAACACACGGCUUCAUCGCUGACAACCAACCAUCAGUGUAGGCAAACAAUAAUUACAGGAACAACAACGGCUGACGCUGCCGCACAAUAACGGAAUUUGAAAUAAAGUUUUUUGAAGACUCAGACAGCACAGAUACCUCAUUGCCAGGAGGUGGCUGUGAAUGUGGAAUUAAUCAAAUGCCAGUAGAAAUAGCUGGUAUUGUCUGGAACUUGAUUAGCAUAGACACAAAAUUGUAAAGAAUUUUACAGCAACUGCAGCAGCAGCAAAAACAAUAUGGAUAAACCCAACAACAACAAAAGAAUACAAAACUGUACAUUAAAUUAAAUUUUAGUUAAAAUCGAAUAAAAAUUUAAAAGUAAAGUAA